AUGGAGGAGGAAAACGUGCCUAGAACCAGGUCAUCUACUCGUAUGCGCUUACCACAGGCUGGCGCUGGCCUACGCGAGAUGAGUUCCGCGACAACCAACUCGCGCUCUGGCCUCAUGCAGCCCGGUACAAUCGCGAACAAGGCCAUGAGCAUGUCGCGUAUGGAAGACCCAGAACCCAUUGCGCAUCAUGAACUGACCUCGUCCGAAGCGACCCGUCCGAAAACCGCAAAUCCGGAGACGAAGAGACCCGGAUCCGUCAGCCGACAGGCUAGCACCACAACCACCACAACACGGACGCAUACCCGCGGGAACUCAUACGCAUCAUCGACCACAACCCGACCGACUGCACCUGCGACGCGCUCAAUCACUGGUGGCUUUUCCUCCACUGUCGGCCCUGGCACCCGGCCACCGUCCGCUAUGUCCCGCCCAGCAUCGGCCAUGUCUCGUCCUCAAUCGUCCUUCAACAGUCGCAGACCCGUCGGCGCAUCGAUUCCUCGCGCAGCGAGCGCAUUGGAUACCCAUAUGGAAGACACGUCUCCCAGUAUACUAGGAAAGCGAAAGGGUAUGCCACAACUUUCUUUAUCUCCUAGUCGUAUUCCCUCUUGUCCAUUUGCUCCCCCAGCACCGGACCAUGAUUGGGAUGAACUCAGUGAAUUUUCAGCACUCUCUGUAUCGGAGAAGUCUGCCGCUAAUGAGAGUUCUUCCAAUCCAUCAUCUAUCACCCUGUUGCCCAGUACCCCGUCUCGCAAUGUGUCGAGUGCCACCACCCCAGGACCACCUGGUUAUGUGCAGCGCUCAUUCUCCUCUACGCUGUUUGCCACCCCUGCUUUACCCAACAGGACUCCAUCAGCUUCUCCAAGGCGUUCUGCCAAGAAAUCCUCUCAUCCUGCGUUUUUGACCAAAGGUUCUUCGAUCCGCAGUUUUAACAAUAAUACAGGACCAGAAUGGGAUCAAGAAACUCGCGAGAAGAACAUAGAGGGGCUGAUGCAAACGCUGAUGGCCCAAAUGAACCAGCAUGGCGAACAAAGCUCCAGUCUGAAGGAAACCGUGGAGUUCUUCAAGGCAAGAGCCACUGAACUCGAGCGCUCUCGCGACGAAUUAAAGGAAAGCAACCUUAUGCAGCGUGUGGAGCUGGACUCUCUGCGAAGCCAGUUGGAGACAGCGGAGCAGGCGCUCAAAGACGCCAAGCGAGAUCAAGAGAUCGCCAUGGACGAUCUCGAGCGGCGCCAGCGGAUCGAAAUGGAUUCUGUCCAACAGAAAGGUGAAAGAGAAAUUGUUUCUAUUACUGCCCGGCACCAAGAGGAGAUUAGCGAUCUCAAACGACAGUUUGCCCGUGAAAUUGAAGACGAGAAAGCAGCCAGAGUCAGAGCUCUUGGCCAACUAACUUCUCAGUCGGCACUGGACAUCCAAAAAUCCCAGAUUGAAUUGGAGCGCAAGGACCGGGAGAUCGGAACAAUGCGCGAUGAGAUACAAAGCCUGAAGGGGGCCCUGGAUCGUGAACGGAGGAGUGUCCAGGAACUUAAACUCAACCUGGACACAACUGCAAGCAACAGCGUUACGCUGGAGUCCUCAAUUCGUGCCCUCAAGGCGAGAAUUGAGUUCCUUGAAAGUGGACGAGAGGAACAGUCCAAGUCCUUCGAGCGGUGCAAUCAGCAAAUGAUGGAUGCAUUCGCCCAGACAGAAGAGAUAAGGGAGAAGCUGCGCAGAGAAGAGACGCUGCGGCGCAAACUUCAUAAUCAGGUGCAGGAGCUCAAAGGCAACAUCCGUGUCUUCUGCCGAGUUCGCCCUUCGCUCAAAAGUGAACCUGCUUCUGACCUCACUCUCAUGCAAUAUCCAGAUGAGGCCGACGAUGCAAAGGAGAUUAAUAUCCUCGGCCCUGAAGAGAAGAGCAGCCUCGGAACCGUCACCCGCAAGAACAACACAUUUUCCUUUGAUCGCGUCUUCAGCCCGUCCACUCAGAAUGCCGAGGUUUUCGAUGAGAUCAGCCAGCUUGUUCAGAGUGCCCUGGACGGAUAUAAUGUUUGCAUUUUCUGUUAUGGCCAGACCGGCAGUGGCAAGACGCACACAAUGUCCUCGGCCGAUGGCAUGAUUCCUCGAGCUGUUCACCAAAUUUACGAGACCGCGCAAGGCCUGGAGGAGAAGGGUUGGCGGUACACCAUGGCCGGCAACUUUGUCGAAGUCUACAACGAAAACCUCAAUGACCUUUUGGGUAAUCCAGACGAAUUGGACAAGAAGAAGCAUGAGAUUCGUCAUGACAUGCAGCGGGGCAAGACCACCAUCACGGACAUCACAACCGUCAAUUUGGACUCCCCCGAGAUGGUUGAGUCUAUUCUCAAGAAUGCAGACGCCAACCGCUCUGUUGCCGCGACCAAGGCCAACGAGCGCUCAUCUCGUUCUCACUCCGUAUUCAUUCUCAAGCUCACAGGCGAGAACCACAUAACCGGCGAACGCAGCGAAGGUACACUGAACCUGGUCGACUUGGCCGGAAGUGAACGUCUGAGCCACAGUGGAGCGACCGGCGAGCGUCUGAAAGAGACUCAAAAUAUUAACCGUAGUCUGAGUUCACUGGGUGAUGUGAUCUCAGCUCUUGGACAAGGCAAAGAUGGCGGUCAUAUCCCAUACCGAAACAGCAAGCUUACCUAUCUGCUACAAUUCUCUUUGGGCGGAAACUCCAAGACACUGAUGUUUGUCAUGGUCAGCCCGCUCCAGGCUCACAUGUCGGAGACCCUGACCAGCUUGAAGUUCGCCACCAAAGUACACAACACCCACAUCGGCACUGCGAAGCGACAAGCACGUGUUCGUGAUUCCUGA